UAGGCGAAUGCGGUCCGUCGACUAUUUCCGUAGUUCCCGUUUCGCUCGGCAGAUGUCGCCGACCGCCCACUCGCGUUCGUGCCGUUUUAUGUUGCGUGGGAAUGUCUGCGCCCGCAUUUAACGACGGUGUUUACCGGAAGACCGUUACCUUAAUUAAUUUCGUCGGCGUACGUGCGGAACGGGGAAGGUACCGGAAGAGCACGGUUAACCCAAAUCCUUAAAAAGAGAGUACGUUUCGGUACUUACCGAAACCGUGCGUCGUAUGAACAGUUUCCUUCGCAUUGGCAAAUAAUUGGCGCACGCUCGUAUUGGGACACCGACUUCUGCCGUAAAUAACAUUUGUCACCCACCGGUGCACCGUCGUCGUUCUUCGACGACGACGAUCGAAAUGGUCGCGACUUUCCGUACAUUCCGAUUUCCAUGUCGCUUAUUUUCUUAAUUCGAAUGUGCGCUGGACGGAGAGGUGACGGAAUGCGUACGCCGGACUUAAUGAGACGGCCACCUUCUCCCUUCGAGUUUAACUUUCGUUUUGAAUUCUAUUGAUUUACGACGAAAGUUUUAAUACAGAAAUACAGAAAUUUUUCUUGGUUACAAACCUCUAAAGAUACUUUAAAAAUAUAACUUGCCUUUGGAUUCGCCGCUAGACCGGAAGCGACCUCUAAAUAUUUAGGUUAAACCUCUCGGAAGGCAAAUCUGUCUGCUGCGGGCUGUUUGCGGAUGCUCGUCGGUCGGUCUUUCUCCCAUCCCUCUCCGAAGGUCGGCGAAUUUGGUGGCCGCGGGUAAAUUGCCAAAAACUCUAAGGGCGACGUCGUCGGAUGGUGCUCGGUCACAGGGUCGAACCGGCGGGCAUUUUCCGACGUUGACGACGGACGACGUGAACGACCGACGGACAUUUUACUUAUCUGCGUACGACGAAUGGUUAAUCGUUAAAGAAUUUAUUUAACUCGGAUAUUGCCACUCUGCGUCGAAAUCCUCUUGCAAAAGAAAACGUAAUUUGUUUUUCUACGUAUUGUGGUGUGCCAAAUGUGAAUCCGAAGCCCGAAACCUUCCGUUGCCCGCAGUUUUUUAAAAAAGAAAUACCAAUAUUUUGCAGAAAAAUGCUUAUUUUAGACAAACUUUUUGUUACCAUUUAAAUAAAAUAUAAAACCAGAGAAAUUAUAUUUGCAUGAUGUCUGGAAUCGUUACAAAAGGACUCUCGGUUGGGUGCUGCAUCUUGGUAGACCGCAGGUGCCGGGUGGCUUUGUUUGCCCACACGUCUGGCGUGAAACCGUAAACUGUCGGCUACACAAGAUCCGGCAGAGACCGGAGGAACUCUGUGUAGGACUCGGAUUCUCUCUCUCUCUCUGAUUUGAUCUGUCUUGCAUGCAACACCAGCUGGGUUGUUUCUGCUACGUUUGUGAAGAAGUGACUUUGAAAGUGCAAAAAAAAUUGUCGAUGUCUCUAGUGAAGAAAGUGUACCUGUGUUAUACUACGUUCGCACACAAUCCACGACUCACUUCUAUCUCAAUUUAUCCGUAAUCUCGAUUGUAACUGUUGCCAGUUGAAUGUCGAACUGUUUGCACAGGCAGUCCACUUGAGAAGAACACGGCUAUUAUAUGCGAUGAUAAAACUGACAUUAUGCGAGAGAAAAAAUGUAAGGAUUGGAUGCGUUUAAAAUACUUGUGUGUUCGGACAUCCAUUUUCAAAAUACUAGUGAAAAUAAUUUAGCUGAAUUGUUCAUUUGAGACAUUUUUCUGAGAUGCCGGGCAAAGUCAAAGUGCGAAUUGUGGCAGGCAGAAGUCUCCCCAUUAUGGAUCGGGCAGGAGACACUUGUGAUGCCUUUGUUGAAAUUAAACUUGGAAAUACAACCUUCAAAACUGAAGUUUACAGACGUUCUCUUAAUCCUCAAUGGAAUUCUGAAUGGUUUAGGUUUGAGGUUGACGACGAAGAACUCCAAGACGAACCUCUUCAGAUAAGGGUAAUGGAUUAUGAUACUUAUAGUGCAAAUGAUGCAAUAGGAAAAGUAUAUAUUGAUUUAAAUCCUCUCCUAAAUAAAGAAACUGGAUCUUUAAUGUCUGGAUGGUUUCCUAUUUAUGAUACAAUGCAUGGUAUUAGAGGUGAAAUAAAUGUUAUGGUAAAAGUCGACCUCUUCAGUGAUGCAAACAGAUACAGAGAAUCAUCGUGUGGAGUUCAGUUUUUUUACAGUAAUACUAUUCCAAAUACUUACAAAGCACAAGCAAUUCUGGGAUUUGUUGAAGAACUCGUAGUAAAUGACGAUCCGGAAUAUCAGUGGAUAGAUAAAAUUAGAACACCAAGAGCAUCAAACGAAGCAAGACAGACAUUAUUUUCUAAGUUGUCAGGAGAAGUUCAAAGAAAGAUUGGACUGAAGGCAUUAGAAUUAGGUGGAAAUGCUGUUGUUGGUUAUCACCAGUGUUUCGAUUUGGAAGGCGAAUCGGGAAUUGUCGUUCGUGGUAUUGGAACGGCUGUGAUAUUAGUCAAAUUGACCGAUUGUUUACAACAGAGUCCUCCGAAGGAUGGAAAUAGAGAGUCUCCCGUUCCAGAAGAUGCUCUUCUCGUGACGAAUGCGGGACCGAGUUCUCCGACCGGCCACACGCCCACAAAAUUAUCUCAGUCGCCGGCCAAAGUUGGAUUGUCUUGCGGACAGAGACGUUCUUCGGAUUCAGAUCUGAGCACAACACCAAAAGCAAAUAGUUUGGCUGGAAGUAGUGGAAGUGGAAGUGCUGGAAUUAGAUCCCAAGUUCCACGGCCUCCUUUGUCACAAGACAGUCUUGGUAUGAUGGAAUAUCCUUUCAUCACAAUGAAACAAUUUCCAAUAGGAUUUGUUCAGUACAUAGGUGGUGUGGUAUCUGCUCGAUCAGUUAAACUUCUUGGACAGAUCAAUAAUCCAGAUGAACCAGAAACUAGGGAUGUUUGGUGGACUGAGUUAAGAAAAGAAAUUCGAUCUCACACCAGAGCAUUGGCUUGCAAUGUUGUUUUAGGAUAUGUUGAGUCUACUGACAUUAAUGAAGAUGUUUGCAUCCUCUCGGCCAGUGGUACUGCUGCAGUUCUCAGUGCUUCAAACGAUCAAGAUGGAUUAAACUUCCCGGUAAACGCGGCCAUAAACGUGGGAAUUAUACCGACACGGCCGAAUGUAAUUAUUCCGACCGCAGACAGAAAAGAAGAAAAAGAAUUGCCACGUGAUAAAGAAAAACCAUUAAGAGUAGAUAUUAAUUUGGCAAAUCAAAUGAAGCAUAUUCAUAUGACUGAAUGGUGAUUAAAAUGUUUUCUAUUAUAUUACU